UUCAGUACGUAUUUUUGUCAUAUAUCGAAAUGUUCAUACUAGUGCACAAGAACUCUGAUUGGAUUGCAAAAGGGAAAAAAUGAAAACAUACGUUUAUGGAGUAAAUUAGGAGAUCAAGAAAAUGCACAAUGACUGAGUUCCUGGAUGAAAACAACGCCUGUGGCCAGAAUCUGCUAAAUAUAGUGUCGGUGGGCAAUUCUAUAAUAGCGGAGAUCCUUCGCCUUAAGGACUACGUACCUAGUAUUUAUAGACUGGACAACAAGGCAGAUAAGGCAAAAUAUGGUGAGAUUAUUUUGGAUUUUAGCUACUUUAAAGUGGCCGAGGAUCAUGAGAAAAAGAUCGAACAGAGCCCGGAACUGACCGAAUUGGAUGACGAGGCACGCGCCCAGCUUCCGCUUAUCACCCGAUUUUACCUAGCAUUCCAGAGUAUCCAUCACUAUGCGUCGGAUUUAAAGCAAUACAUCGAAGAGCUAAACAGUGGCUACUAUAUACAGCAGACACUGGAGACGGUUCUCCAAGAGGAGGAAGGCAGGCAACUACUUUGUGAAUCCCUUUACCUAUUUGGUGUGAUCCUCCUCCUGCUCGAUUUCCAUCUUCCGGGGGAUGUGAGGGAACGCUUGCUAAUCGCCUACUAUCGCUAUAGUGGUGGAGAUGCUACACCCAGCGGAGAUGAAAGUAAUAUACAUGAUGUAUGCCUGCUUCUCCGGUCUACGGGCUAUGUCCAUCCCACGGAGGCCACUAAAGUGCUUAGUUUGGGUGGAAAACAAGCAGCUGCUGCGGCUGCCAGUCUCGUUGUUACCAGAUAUCCCGAGGCCUUCUUCGCUCGCUUCCCCUUCGAUGAGAACUUUGUCGAUCUGGUGGUGGCACGUCUUCGAUGUGAUGAUAUAUACAAUCAGCUGACCCUGUACCCACAUCCUGCACAUCGCUCAACGGCUCUGUCCACUCAAGCGGCCAUGUUGUAUGUUUGCUUGUAUUUCUGCCCAAAAGUUCUCCAUUCCCAAAGCUCCCAAAUGCGUGAGAUUGUGGACAAAUUCUUCUGUGACAAUUGGACUAUAUCUAUGUACAUGGGCAUAACUGUUAAUCUAGUGGAUGCCUGGUUGGAUUUUAAAGCCGCCAGAUCUGCUAUAGAAAACGUGAUAAAUCCCGCGGGAAUAAAAGCUCUCUGUCAGCAGCAAAAGGAGCAGUUGGGAAAGACCUUGCAAAAGACCAAGGAGAUUUCCCGAGAAGGAGUCCUGAAUGAUAACUUUGUUCUAGAGCACGCCAACAAAAUUAUUCUGAUGAUGAGGCAAUCCAAUGUCUUGCUGCGCUGGUUUUGCCUGCACACUUCGAAAGAGGUUUUCGUCUUUGCUCAUACUGCUACCCUACCGGAACAAAUACAAAAAAUGGUGCUCCAGGAACUGCAAUUCGAUCGGAACAUGCUUUACCACCUGUUGCUUAAUUGCAGCCAAAUGGAAUUGAGUGUUAGGGAAUAUCUGACGGAGAUUCAGCAGUCUAAAGAGAAUCGCUGGACGAAAAGUAGGGAGGAAACAAUGCAAAGGCUGAAGGAGCUUAGUGAAGCCUUUGCCGGCUCCAGACCUUUAACAAAAAUCGAUCCAAAUCCUCAGUUGCAGCAGUGGUUUGGUGAAGUGGCCGGAAGGCUUCAGAAACUAGAGUUGAGCAGGCCUCAAAAGUCGGGAAGAUUAAUUAUUCAGGUCAUGCAGGCAUUAGAUGAAGUACAAGAGUAUCACAAUCUUCAUUCCAACAUGCUGGUUAAGCAGCAACUGCAGGAGACACGCGAAAUGCUAAAUAGGAUGGCGCAGUUAAUCAACCUGAAAGAAGACAUCGAAAUCCACAUCCAGAUGAUCACCGAUUUUAGCUACGCAUGGCACCUUAUGCAACGCGAUUUCACGCCCCUCAUGCAGGAUCACAUUAAACGACAGCCGCAGGCUGUAAUUGGUAUCCGUGCGGUGUUCCUCAAGUUAGCCAGCACACUGGAGGUGCCACUGAUGCGGAUCAAUCAGGCCAGAAGCGAGGAUCUGGCCUCCGUGUCUAACUACUAUAGUACAGAGCUUGCUAACUUUCUGCGACGUGUCCUGCAAAUCGUUCCGGAGACCAUGUUUAACAUUCUGGCAAGGAUCAUACAUCUGUUGACAAAUGUGAUCAAAGAGUUUCCCACGCGAGUAGAAAAGGAGCGCCUUAAGGAUUAUGCCCAAUUCGAAGAAAGAGCCAAGGUGGCUCAGCUUACUAAUUCCAUCGCCGUUUUCACUAAAGGAAUCCUCAUGAUGAAAACAACUCUAGUGGGAGUGAUCGAAUUGGAUCCCAAGCAAUUACUAGAGGAUGGGAUUCGUAAGGAGCUAGUGAAUCACCUGGCCAAUGCCUAUAAUCUAGGUCUGAUCUUUACGCCUGAAAAAGGCAAAUCUCCUGUGCAUCUUCUCCAACAGAAACUGCAAGCUCUUGCCAAAACGAUAGAAGGAUAUCGUCGAUCUUUUGAAUAUAUUGAGGACUAUUUGAGAGUUCAGGGACUUCGGAUCUUGCUAGAGGAAUCGCAGCGCAUCAUCAACUACAAUGUGGAGAAGGAGUGCAACGCCUUCCUUCGCAACAAGGUGCACGAAUUGCAAUCGGAGCACCAGAGCCAGAUCAUUCCAAUUCCUAACUUCCCACCGCUGCUGGGAGAUCCCUCCAACAACUUUAUUGGUCGCCUAGCCCACGAAAUUCUGCGGUGCACAGAUUCCAAACAUACUAUUUUCCUUGACUUAAAGAGCACCUGGUAUGAAAAGAAAGCUCCACACCAAGAAGUCUUAGCAGGAUCUGGAUUCUUUCGGAUACUUCGAGAAGCUUUGGCUCCUGCAGGAAUGGUAGGAUUGGAACGUCUGUAUGCCCAUAUGUUGGCGGAUGAGCUGAAGCGCAAUUUGGAAAGGCUACAGCGAAACUUAACCUCUGACCGUAUGUGGGUGGAUACGUUAGCCAGUUUGACUCGAGAGCUAGAGGCUCGAGACUUUCCAUCUCCGGAGGUGUCCAAACAGCCGUUGAAGUAUUACCAAACGUACACCCAAAGGUGGCUUAAGGUUUGGCCAACGCUACUGGAUUGGGUAUUGUCCAUUGGACAGAAGCAGCUACUCCGACGGGAAAUCGCAGGGGAGCUGAGCUUUAGUAGCAAAUGUGAUGCUAAGCUGCUGGAGAACACGGCUGAUACCCUAAAUAAGGCUCUUCUGUUGGAACUAUCUCUUAGCAAGGAUCUCUGUGAUGAACAUGGCGUGGCCAUGCUGACUGAGCUGCAGGAAACCCUGCUUUAUACGGGAAACUUUGAACCUUUGGAGCAGGUGUUUCUGGCCACCAAGAACACUCACAAUAUGUCGCUGUUUCUUUUCCUAUUCACCGUAGCCCAUUUGGGCCGUUUGCAGCAUUCCACGAAUACAGAUUGUCUGUUACCAAAAUCAGCCAAAGAUAACAUUGAUAAUGUGCCUUUCAUAGUGGGUCUGCUAACGAUCCUACAACAGUUCCAUAGGAACGUAAAGAUGUUAUACAUAUCCUAUAUGAGUCAGUACGUGGUGACAGUUUCUGAAGCUCAGUUAGUGGAUAAGGAAAUACUGGGUCCCGAAGUUGUUACUACUCUCCACUUCCUCUUGGCCUUUAUAAGAAUUGCUCGAUUGCCGCUGAGAGUUCUGGAGCAGCGUAUUCCUAAUAUGAUACUCAGCGAGUACGAGUAUCUAUCCACACCAGUAAAGUAAGGACUAACAGUUUGGGCUACACAAACUUUAAUAAAUCCGAAAACAUAACAAGGAAA